GCACCGGUUUGCCGUCAUCGGCUCAUACAAACAAACUAGCAGCAACAGUCAGUCAGUGCCCCGAAGACAAUCAUGCGAAGAAAGAAACUUUUCUAAACUACUUUCGCGUCUCUUAUCUAAUCGACGAAACCAACACCAUUGCCGUUAAAGGAACUGUUGUGAUUGUAAGAUGAAUUUCUCUGAGGUAUUCAAGCAAUCCAACCAACUCUGCAAAGUUUCCCCAGAUGGGAAAUAUUUGGCUACCUGUGUGCAGUACAGGCUGGUGGUGCGAGAUGUGAGCACUCUGCAGAUCCUGCAGCUCUACACCUGCCUGGACCAGAUAUCUCACAUGGACUGGUCAUCUGACUCUCUCUUUAUCCUUUGUGCUAUGUACAAGAGAGGACUGGUACAGGUGUGGUCUCUGGAGCAGCCGGACUGGCACUGUAAGAUUGAUGAGGGCUCAAUAGGACUAGUCUCCUCGCGCUGGAGUCCAGACGGACGUCACAUUCUCAACACCACUGAGUUCCACCUGAGAGUCACCGUCUGGUCCCUGUGCACCAAAGCUGUGUCUUACAUCAAGUAUCCCAAAGCAUGUCAGAAGGGCAUAGAUUUCAGCAGAGAUGGCUGCUAUAUGGCCCUGGCUGAACGGCGUGACUGCAAAGACUAUGUCAGUGUAUUUGUGUGUGACGACUGGCAUUUACUCAGGCAUUUUGAGACUGAGACACAGGACCUGGCAGGGUUGGAGUGGUCUCCCAAUGGCUGUGUGCUGGCAGUGUGGGAUAGCUGUCUGGAGUACAAGGUGUUGCUGUAUUCCUUGGAUGGCCGGUUGCUGUCAACCUACAGUGCCUAUGAGUGGUCGCUGGGUGUUAAGUCUGUGACCUGGAGCCCCAGCAGCCAGUUCCUGGCCAUUGGCAGCUAUGAUGAAAAAGUGCGCAUCCUCAAUCACAUCACGUGGAAGAAAAUCGCACAGUUUGAGCACAUAGCAACCAUCAACAACACAAAAGCAGUAGUGUAUAAGGAAGUGGAGAAAAGGCCAGCUGUAGGCAGUGAUGACCUAUCGCUACACAACAUCACAAUCGGCACCACCCUAUUCAACACCCAGAGCAAAUAUGAGAUCUGCCCACCGCCAGUCCAAGUUCCUGUAGUCAAACCAGACCCAGACCGAGCCAACCCUAAGAUUGGUGUCUCUACUUUGGCAUUCAGCUCAGACAGUCGCUAUUUAGCCACCAAAAACGACAACAUGGCCAGUGUUGUCUGGGUGUGGGACAUGCAGAAGAUGAGCCUGCUGGCUGUGCUUGAGCAGACAUCGGCCGUCCGUUGCUUUCAGUGGGACCCCCGACGCCCCCGGCUGGCACUAUGUACAGGCAACACAAAACUCUAUCUCUGGUCUCCGGCAGGCUGCGUUUCUGUCCAGGUCCCCACUGAAGGUGGUUUCCAGGUCCAGUCACUAAACUGGCACUGCUGUGGAGAGACUCUGAUCCUGCUCGGGAAGGACCAGCUGUGUUUGUGCUACAUGGACACUGACCAGGAGGACAAGUAAAACACAGGUCUCGAGAAUAACUGGAUUAUUUAACCAUGCACACUUGGCCGGAAAUGUGUUAAGGUGAUGACGAAAAGAUUGGUGGGAACACUCCUCUUCAAAUUCUCAACUUUACAUGUUGAACUGUAGCUGCUCGCCAAGUUUUUAGAGCCCUUAGUGCAGGUAACUGGGAUGUUCCUUUUCUCGUCAAGUUGAAAAUGUAUGGAAUACCUGUCAUAACAUUUUUCCUGAGAGACAGAAUGGAUAAAUAUCACUUUUUUUAAUAACCAAAUGUGUACCGAAGACCUAGUUUCAAGCACUGUGAGAAGAUAGAGGUUUACAAAGUUUUACAGAUUUCACUGUACUUUUAAAUUAUUUUGUAUGUUUUACUUUUUUGAAAUUGUGUAAUUAUUCUGAAUAAAUGUUGUCAUAUAUAAUGCAGCUUAAGGCAAGUUAUUAAAAUGUGGCAUCUAAAUCUUUCAGUUUAUCACGAGUUUGUGUACUUAGACCAGGCAGUACUAAAUAUGAGGACCGUAUUACUUGGCCUUUAGACAUCAUCUGUCUGUAUGAUGUCCCUGUUACAAAGCUUGAAUUGUACAGCCACUGUAACUUAAUCACUUUGUUUGCCAUUCCUUAAAAGUACGAACAUAAUGUAAAUGCACUUCUCAACAAUGACCAGAGCCAAGCACCUGACAAGAACAUGUAGGCAUUUAUUAUUCUCCAUUGUGGCCACUGUGCUACAAAUAUAACAGAACAAAAAGUAAGCCUUCACAUGUUUGUAAUAACAAGUUCGUCUCUUUUAAAAUCAUUAAAUGAAAUACUUCACAACUGGCAAUGAAAUAUAUUUUUUCUAGGACCCUUGAUGAGUUUAUUGCAAAAAAUAACAGCAGAUAAAUAAAACCUAAUUUGUAUUACAAAUCCAUUUAGAAUAUUCCUUAAAAAACAUCUGUCAUGCAACCUCAACGUGCAGGGAGCAUGCACAAGGCCAGAAAAAGGCAUUUUGGGACACAAUUAUGUGCAAAUGUGUGCUUAAAACAAAUGCAGGACAUUUAAGGCAACUUACAAGCAAGCAUAAAGACAUGAUUUACAAGUUCAUGUUGCAUUAAACAUCUGUAACAUACAAUAACAUUUUAGCUAUAGUAGCUAAUGCAGCUCUCCAAGUGGUACAUGAGCU